UCCACCACUUUCCCUCUGCGCCCCGGCCCCCACGAAAUCUGGAGACCUGGACGCCAUUGCUCGCUAGCCUUUUCCGUCAAGCGCAAGGAAACCGCGCGCCACCACGGGAGGGAGGGAUUGCCGUGACCAAUUCGAAAGCCGCUGCGGGCGCGGGCGGAGUCGGGCCGCGGAGGUGGGGAGAUGUCCGCCGGAUUCGUCGGGGUCGUCGUGUCCGACCCCUCGCUGCAGGGGCAGUUCACGCAGGUCGAGCUCCGAUCGCUCAAGGCCAAGUUCGUGUCUCUGAAGAGAGAUUCCGGCCAUGUCACCACGAAGAAUCUGCCGGGGCUGAUGAAGAAGCUGAGGGGGCUCAAUGAGGUGGUCUCCGAGGAGGAGAUCGCCGCCUUCCUGUCGGAGUCGUACCCCGACAGCGAUCAGGAGAUUGAGUUCGAGUCCUUCCUCCGGGAGUAUCUGAAUCUGCAGGCGAGGGUGAGUGCCAAGGUAGGUGGUGGUGCUGGUGGUGGGGGUGGCAAGACCUCAUCGUCGUUCCUCAAGUCCAGCACCACUACGCUGCUGCACAAUCUCAAUCAGGCAGAGAAAUCGUCCUACGUGGCGCACAUCAACACUUAUCUCCGCGAAGACCCAUUUCUGAGGAAGUACUUGCCAAUCGACCCGUCUGGAAACCAGCUUUUUGAUCUGAUCAGGGAUGGUGUUCUGCUCUGCAAAUUGAUCAAUGUAGCUGUACCUGGGACCAUUGAUGAGAGAGCAAUAAAUAAGAAAAGAGUUCUUAAUCCAUGGGAGAGAAAUGAAAAUCAUACACUCUGCCUCAAUUCUGCCAAGGCCAUUGGAUGCACUGUUGUCAACAUUGGUACACAGGAUUUGGUGGAGGGAAGGCCUCAUUUAGUUCUUGGAUUGAUAUCACAAAUCAUAAAGAUUCAACUUUUGGCUGAUCUGAACCUCAAGAAGACACCGCAGCUGGUGGAAUUGUUUGAUGAUAGCAAGGAUAUAGAUGAGGUUUUGAGCUUGUCACCAGAAAAGAUGCUACUUCGGUGGAUGAACCAUCAUCUGAAAAAAGCUGGCUACAAGAAAACUGUUAACAAUUUCUCUUCAGAUGUGAAGGAUGGUGAAGCCUAUGCUUACCUUCUGAAAGCUCUUGCUCCAGAGCAUUCCCCUGAAACUACAUUGGAUACCAAGGAUCCCGAUGAGAGGGCAAAACUGGUACUUGAACAAGCGGAGAAGUUGGACUGUAAAAGAUACCUGACCCCAAAGGAUAUCACCGAGGGAUCUGCCAAUUUAAAUCUUGCAUUUGUUGCGCAAAUAUUCCAGCAUAGGAAUGGUCUAACGAGUGACACCAAACAAGUUACGCUCACACAGACGGCAACACGUGAUGAUGUUCUAUUGUCUAGAGAAGAAAGAGCCUUCAGAAUGUGGAUCAACAGCCUUGGGGUUGAAUCAUAUGUAAACAAUGUAUUUGAAGAUGUUCGCAAUGGGUGGGUACUUCUUGAAGUACUUGAUAAGGUUUCUCCUGGAUCUGUCAAUUGGAAGCUGGCAUCAAAACCUCCAAUUAAAUUGCCAUUCAGAAAACUGGAGAAUUGCAAUCAAGUUGUAAAAAUCGGGAAGGAGUUAAAGUUUUCUUUAGUAAAUCUAGCUGGGAAUGAUAUUGUUCAGGGAAACAAGAAACUGAUUGUUGCACUUUUGUGGCAAUUGAUGAGAUUCAAUAUCCUUCAGCUGUUAAACAAGCUAAGAUUCCAUUCCCAAGGGUCCCAAGGAAAAGAAAUUACUGAUGCUGAUAUUCUAAACUGGGCCAACAGCAAAGUGAAAGCAUCAGGAAGAACUUCUCGAAUGGAAAGUUUCAAGGACAAGAGCUUAUCGAAUGGAUUGUUCUUCCUUGAGCUUCUUAGCGCAGUACAGCCAAGGGUUGUGAACUGGAAAGUUGUUACUAAGGGGGAAGCUGAUGAGGACAAGAAGCUGAAUGCUACCUACAUCAUUAGUGUUGCUAGGAAGCUUGGAUGCUCUGUAUUUCUGUUGCCAGAGGACAUCAUAGAGGUGAAUCAGAAGAUGAUCCUUACACUUACCGCUAGCAUUAUGUAUUGGAGCCUACAGAAACAACCUCAGUCACAAUCUGAAAUGCCAGAGCAAUCAGAGCCAUCUAGCAUGACUUCAGAUGCAGCCUCUGAUAUUGCCUCGGAGGAUGGAGCUUCAACGACUGCGCCAUCUGAGUCCGAAGAGGUGAACUCGCUGUCUGAUAGCAUGUCCAAUUUGACAACGGAUGAUGCUACUUCGAACGCCCCAUCUACCGAAAAUGGAAAUGGUGUGGCAGGAUCCUGAUGGUUAUGCAGCUGCAGUUCUUUUUCCACACAGUCCUGGUUUUUAAUAGAGGGAAUAGUGCUUUCGUUUCCCAAAGUCUUCGCUACCAGAAGUGAUUUUUUUUACUACUUCUGCUUCCUGUGUAUGGUAGCUUGAUAGAUACAACAAAUGCAGAUAGAUAUAGAUGCCGUUUGUUCAUUGGAUUCGCUUCAUAUCUUACUAUAGGGGAAAAAAGAUAUAGUAUAUGCUGCUGGAUGGGUAUUUUUUGUAUUGCUGGUAUACACCCAUGAAAAUCUUAUGUGCUUCUGUAUCUGGUCGGUCAAUUCGUUCAUCUGUUCCUUGGACUAGUAGUCAUUAUGUACUACUUGGUGGCCAUCAUCUAUUGUAAUGCGUUGGUAUUCUGAUGAAACAUGCCUGUACAUAACAUACUUUAAAAAGGUUUUGCCCUGCCCAGGAUUUUUUUGUAAA